AUGAAAAGCUUGACUGAGAUAUGGAAUGCUCAACUCCCUUCAGAUUCCUUUGGCAAACUGGAUACUCUGAUCAUUGAGCAGUGUGAUAGAUUAAACAAUGUUUUUCCUAGUAACGUGGAGGGAAAAAUAUUUCGAAGUCUAUGCAACUUGAGGGUUACUAAUUGUAGGUCAAUGGAAGAGAUAUUUGACCAAGAUGCUGAAAAAGUAGAUGCUAAGGAUGUAAACAACUUGCAAGAUGUUCAUUUAGAAGCACUCCCCAAAUUACAACAUGUAUGGAAAAGGAACAAAGACCAAAGGGUUCUUAACUUGAAAAAGCUUCAAAAGAUAAGAGUUCAACAUUGUCACAAGUUAGAAUAUAUAUUUCCAAUUUUUGAAGCCAAGUGUCUUGAAUACCUUGUGGCAUGUGAUUGCUUUGAAUUGAGGGAUAUUGUUGUCAAAGGAAACGGUAACAGUGCCAACACAAGCAAUUCAAAUCCACCAUUUGUGUUUCCUAAAUUAACCACCAUCAAAUUUUCGAAACUUCCAAGACUUAGGAGUUUCUACUCAGGAGAUUAUGAAUUGAGGUGUGAAGUAUUGAGCGACUUGUCUAUUGAACUUUGUGACAAGUUUGAACCAUUCAAAAAUGAAACACAACGAAGGCGAGUUCUCUUUCCUGAAAAGGUAAUCAAUAAUUUGAAGGCCAUGCAAAUUGAAUCGUGGCAUGCAAAGUCGUCAAGUAGCUACAUGAGUGAAGGGAACCAUCGAUGGGACAACUUAGAAGAGCUUCACUUAUCUAGAUUAAUGAACACUGAUGUUCUUUAUUCUUUCCUUCAUAGAAACCCUAAUCUCAAAAGCCUAUCAUUGAGCAAUUGUUUCUUUAAAGAGAUGGUGCCUUGCAGAAAGCCUCCUCAAAUUAAAAACUUGGGGGUUGUACCAAAGUUGAAAAGCUUGAAGUUAAUAGACUUACCUAAUCUUGAAGAGAUAGGCUUUCAACAAGACAAAGUUCUACAAAGGAUAGAGUUCUUGAUAUUAAAGAAAUGUCCUUCUUUGAUCACUAUUAUGCAUUUCUCGGUAUCUCUAGCUCAUUUAACAUAUCUAGAAGUGGUUGAUUGUAAGGGAUUGCAAUAUUUAAUGACCCCAUCGUCUGCGGAAAGCUUGACUCAACUUAGCACCAUGAAGGUACUAAAAUGUGAAUCUUUGAAGGAGAUUGUAUCAAAGCAAGGAAAUGAAGGAGAAAAUGCAGGCAAAGUUUAUAUUGUUUUCAGACAAUUGAAGACUCUAGAACUUGUUUCACUUAAGAGCCUUGAAAGUUUUUGCUGCUCUAAUAGUUGUAUUUUUGAGUUCCCGGUAUUGGAGAAAUUAGUAGUGAGUGCAUGCCCCAAAAUGAAAAAAUUCUCUGAAGUAGCCAUCAACACGCCGAUCUUACAAAAAAUAUAUGUCGCACAUGAACAAGAGAAGAGAUGGUGUUGGGAUGGUAAUUUAAGAGAUACAAUACAAAAGAUGUUCAAUGAAAAGAGGUUUUUGGAAGGCAUGAAGGAGAUUAGUUUUGCAGAAAAAGCCUGGCAUGAUGGAGUUGGUGUGCAAAACAACAGUCAAAUUGAAUCAUCCGGGCUUUUGGAAGGCAGUGAGUUGACUCUUUUUCCAAGAUACACUCUGAAAGAUUUGAGGCCGAACAACUGUCAAGUUGAACCAUCCGGGCUUUUGGAAGGCAGUGAGUUGACGUUUUCUUCAGGAUACAGUCUGAAAGAUUUGAGGCCGAACAACUGUCAAGUUGAACCAUCCGGGCUUUUGAAAGGCAUUGACGGGAUGAGAUUGUUGGAUCAAAUGUGGCAUGAUGGAGUUUGUCUGCAAAGCAAUUGGUUUUACAGUUUAAAAACUUUGAAGCUGAACAACUGUCAAAUUGAACCAUAUGCAAUUCCAUCUAAUCUUCCUUAUUUAAAAAGCUUAAAAGAAUUUGAAGUACGAGAUUGUUACAGAGUAAAGGCAAUUUUUGAUAUGAAUAACACUGAGAUUAUGCGUAUAGCAUCCCAAUUAGAGAAAUUGAGUUUGGAAAGGCUAAGGAAGCUAACGCAUGUGUGGAAAAAUUAUGGUCAAGGAAUUCUCGGCUUUCAAAAUCUGCAACAAGUCUUUGUUAGUCGAUGUGACAAACUGAAAACUCUGUUUCCUGCCACCCUUGCCAAAAAUCUUAAGAAGCUGGCGAAACUUGAAAUAAAAACUUGUCGUAGUUUGCAAGAAAUUGUUGAAAAGGAAGAAGAAGAAGAAGAACCAGCACAAGUGACAGUUGUGUUUCCAAGUUUAACCUCGCUGGAUCUUUAUAACUUGAAAAUGCUCACUUACUUUUACCCUGAAACAUUCACACUGGAAUGCCACGCGUUACGUCAUAUAUCUGUGUUGGAAUGCCCUAUGUUAAAGCUAUUUCAAACUGCACAUCCCAAGGGUGAGGUUAAGGGUGAAAGUAGUAAUAGCCAACCCCUUUUCUCGGAUCUAAAACUCUUUCUUUCCCGAUUGUUUUUCCUCUACAAGGCAAUUUCCAACUUGGAGAAAUUGGAGCUCGAUUGGAAACACAUUUCAGUGUUAAUGUCAAGUUCCGGAGAAUUAACCGAAGACCUCAAAUAUUUGAAUGAUCUUUUCCUGUACUUUGAUAACAAUAAUUCGAAUGGUGAGGGUACUAUGCCUUAUGAAAUACUUGAGAAGGCACCCAAUAUAGAAUCAAUGCUUAUAAGCUAUUGCAAGGAUCCCGAGAUAUUCGUCACUCAAAACCAUGAGAGGCUUUGGCACGUGAAAAAUUUGACAUUGUACCGAGUAUAUGAGAUCGAGUACAUCGGGUCAGAGAACUCAUCAUGGUUAAACACACUCCACAAACUAAAUGUUUUCCACUGUUCUGCUUUGAUAACAUUAGUACACUCUGCAGUAACUUUCUCCUAUCUAAGAGAAUUGUAUGUAUCGGGCUGUGAUGGACUGGAGUAUUUGUUCACAUCCUCAGAAGCAAAAAAGUUAAUGCACCUGGAGGAGAUCACAAUCAAGGAAUGUGGAUUGAUGAAAGAAAUAAUUCGACAUGAUGAAACAACUUCAAAAGGGAUCAAACUUGAGUGGCUGGACAGGAUAGUUCUACAUGAUUUAUUCCACCUGAGAUGUUUUUAUUCAGGCAAUGACAAUUUGCAGUUACCAUCUCUAUUACAAGUGGACAUAUUGGGCUGCCCCAAUAUGGAAAAAUUUUCCCAAGGGCCAAUACAUGUGGAAUCUUUUAGAGGAAUUCUAGCUUCCGAGGACUCAAAUGAUGAUCUGGUCUUCCACGAUAAUCUUCAAGACUCGGUAAAAAUGUUGUUUCUACAACAGGAUCGUUUAUUUCUCGGGUCUUCUCAAAUGUUGCAAGAGAUAUGGCGUAAGUCAGAGCCAGUCCAAGAGGGGUGUUUUGACAAGUUAACUUCUUUGAACGUGGAAGAUUAUGAUGAAUUUUCGUCAGAUGCCAUACUACCUUCUCAUUUACUUCCUUUCCUAAGUAGCUUGGAAGAGUUGGAAGUGAAGGAAUGUAACACUGUUAAGGCAAUAUUUGACCGUACAAAGAUGAUUAAUAUGGGACCAUCCACUGUGUCUUUCUUCAAUCUGACAAAGCUUAUUGUAGAGCGUUGUGGUGGAUUGCAAUACUUGUUCACAUCCUCAACUGCCGAAAGAUUGCCUAACCUGAAGGAGAUGCACAUAGUCAAUUGUAAAUCAAUAAAAGCAAUAAUGGCUAAAGAGGGAGAUGAAAAUGAAGAAGAGAUAAAACUAGAGAAGCUUGAGAUUUUGGAUCUCCACUCAUUGCCAGAAAUUGGAAGCUUUUAUUCAGGGAGUUCCACUUUGAAUUUCCCAUCCUUGAAAGAAGUGAGGAUCACUGAAUGCCACAACAUGAAAUACUUGUUCACAUCCUCCACGGCCGAAAGAUUGCCUAAAUUAAGGGAAAUGCAUGUCCACGACUGUAAAUCAAUAAAAGAAAUAGUGGUUAAAGUGGGAGAUGAAUUAGAUCAAGAUCUGGUGAAAUUUGAGAAGCUUGAGAUUUUGAUUCUUCGCUCGUUGCCAGAACUUGGAUGUUUUUACUCGGGGAGUUGGACUUUGAAUUUUCCAUCCAUGAAACAUGUGUAUCUCACCCAAUGCUACCGCAUGAAAUACUUGUUCAUAUUCUCAACAGCUACAACAUUGCCCGUACUGAAUAAGAUGCAUGUUAGUGGCUGUGAGUCAAUAAAAGAAAUAGUGGCUAAAGAGGUGUAUGCGAUGAAUGGUGAGCAGGUUGAGAUUUUGACUCUUAGCUCGUUUCCAGAACAUGGAAACUUUUACUCAUGGGGUUCCACUUUGAAUUUUCCAUCCUUGAAACAUGUAAUGUUCACCGCAUGCAACAAUAUCAAAGGUUUCGAUGAUGGUGUCACAAUAGCAGACGAAUUUGAGGCAGCAAUCGACGGAUAUUGGGAGCGAUAUAUAUAUUAUAUAAUAGAUAAUGACAGAUUCCCAUGA